AUGCAGCAGGGUUGGUUAUCUAAUUGGCUAGUCAAACAUGAGGUGGUUCAUAGAUCUUUGGGCUUUGAACACCAAGGAAUAGAGACUUUACAAAUAAAAGCAGGGAAUUGGGAUUUCAUUGCUGUCAUUUUAUAUGUAUAUGAUAAUUCAGAAGAAGUCUGCAUAAAAGUCUUUGCCCAAAAGGAUAAUCCUAGAAUUCCGUCUAUCUUCUGGAUUUGGAGAAGUGCCGAUUUUCAAGAACGCGAAUCUUAUGAUAUGGUGGGAAUCUCUUAUGAUAAUCAUCCGCGCCUUAAACAUAUCCUAAUGCCUGGAAGUUGGAUAGGCUGGCCCUUACGUAAGGAUUAUAUAACCCCCAAUUUUUAUGAAAUACAAGAUGCUCAUUGA